AUGAAUAAUGUAAUAACAAAGCUGGAUAAUGUUGUCUCAAGACUGAAUAAUGUAGUAACAAAUCUGGAUAAUGUUGUCUCAAGACUGAAUAAUGUAGUAACAAAGCUGGAUAAUGUAGUCACAGGACUGAAUAAUGUAGUAACAAAGCUGGAUAAUGUUGUCUCAAGACUGAAUAAUGUAGUAACAAAGCUGGAUAAUGUAGUCACAGGACUGAAUAAUGUAGUAACAAAGCUGGAUAAUGUUGUCUUAAGACUGAAUAAUGUAGCCACAGGACUGAAUAAUGUAGUAACAAAGCUGGAUAAUGUUGUCUCAAGACUGAAUAAUGUAGUAACAAAGCUGGAUAAUGUUGUCUCAAGACUGAAUAAUGUAGUAACAAAGCUGGAUAAUGUAGUCACAGGACUGAAUAAUGUAGUAACAAAGCUGGAUAAUGUAGUCAUAGGACUGAAUAAUGUAGUAACAAAGCUGGAUAAUGUUGUCUCAAGACUGAAUAAUGUAGCCACAGGACUGAAUAAUGUAGUAACAAAGCUGGAUAAUGUUGUCUCAAGACUGAAUAAUGUAGUAACAAAGCUGGAUAAUGUAGUCACAGGACUGAAUAAUGUAGUAACAAAGCUGGAUAAUGUUGUCUCAAGACUGAAUAAUGUAGUAACAAAGCUGGAUAAUGUUGUCUCAAGACUGAAUAAUGUAGCCACAGGACUGAAUAAUGUAGUAACAAAGCUGGAUAAUGUUGUCUCAAGACUGAAUAAUGUAGCCACAGGACUGAAUAAUGUAGUAACAAAGCUGGAUAAUGUUGUCUCAAGACUGAAUAAUGUAGCCACAGGACUGAAUAAUGUAGUAACAAAGCUGGAUAAUGUUGUCUCAAGACUGAAUAAUGUAGCCACAGGACUGAAUAAUGUAGUAACAAAGCUGGAUAAUGUUGUCUCAAGACUGAAUAAUGUAGCCACAGGACUGAAUAAUGUAGUAACAAAGCUGGAUAAUGUCUCACGACUGAAUAAUAGAGUAACAAAGCUGGAUAAUGUCUCAAGACUGAAUAAUGUAGUCACAGGACUGAAUAAUAUAGUAACAAAGCUGGAUAAUGUAGCCACAGGACUGAAUAAUGUAGUCACAGGACUGAAUAAUGUAGUCUGA